CAGCAUCUAUCCUCGGAAUCCUGCGCGCUGCUUCUCAACACGCUAUAAUGCGUGACCCUGCGCACCGCAAACGACCGCUCGCAGUCCCGCCCCCCGCAGCCGAAGUCCGCGAUACUUGACAGUCGAAUGCCCCAGCGACCACUACCUCCGAGUCGCCGCAAGGCUCCGCCGCCUCCUCCUCCACGAUGACGUCUGUCUUCUCGUCGCUUGUGCGCCCGCCCAAGCUGCUCAGCAGGGCCUCGCAAACAGCCCCAGACACUCUCACGAGUCUGCCGGUCCUCGCACCGAAUGCAGAGGCGAGCGACAGCAAUCUGCGCGACCUGAAUGUCGCGCUGCAGACCCUCACCGACAUGUUCCCGGACCUGCAGCCCGAGGUCUUCCGCGAAAUGCUUUCCUCGCUGGGGCCUGAAAGCAGAGUGCAGGUCGUCACGGAACAGCUGCUGCGCAACGGCGCCAAGUGGGCGCGGGGGCGAUACCGGAUGCCCGCAGAGCAGGAGGAGCAGCGCGCUGUGGCGCACAAGUACAAGUACCGCAAUGUCGACCCGGAAAAGGACACGCGCGGCCUGCCGCUGGCAAGAGAAGACAGGUUCCGGUCCAAGGGAUACAAGGAGGCGGCGAAGGAGGCCCUGUAUGCCGAGUUCAAGGGGUUGAGCCAUGCGACGGUCAAGGCGGUCCUCGCCGAGUACAACUGGAGCUACACACAGGCACGGCCAACGCUGCUGAUACUGUCGAGCCAGAGCUGGCGGCUCAGCAUCACCAACUUCCUCAUGCGGAGGAAGGCCCCCAGUGCGGAUGAUCAUCCUCUGGUCAUGUGGCUUGCGCCGGAUGCCAAGACGGGGAGAGGGAGGAAACCGCUGCUGGUCAAGACGAAGAGCUUGGAGCUGGAUCAAGAGCUGUACGAGACGCUGAUCGUGCCGGAGCUGGAGAAGCAGCACAGAGAGCAGAUGCAGCAGGACCUCGAGCUGGCGCUGAAGUGGAACGAGGACGAGGCCGAGGCAGAAGGCGAAAUGUACGACUGCGAGUGCUGCUUUAUCCCAAGCACCCUGCAGCAAAUGUCCACGUGCGACGUCGACGGCCACUACAUCUGCUUCCGGUGCAUACGACACUCUAUCAGCGCCGCGCUGUACGACCAGGGCUGGGCGCGCAACAUCAACACGGAGCUCUGCACGCUCAAAUGCAUCGCUCCCGUGACGGACAGCGUAGACGACUGCACCGGCUGCGUCCCUCUCGCCUUCGUCAGGCGCGCUCUCCUCGAAGAACCCGACGGCGAAGACGCGCUCCGGAAGCUCAACGAGCGCUUCACAAACGAAGCAAUGCUCAAGUCCCGCCUCCCCCUCGUCCGCUGCCCCUUUUGCCCCUACGCCGAGAUCGACGACCUCUCACUACCCUCCGCGCACUUGCUAACCAGCCUACGCUUCAAGCGUAUCCCCCUCCUCUUCGCCUCAGUCCCCCUCCUCCAAGCUCUCUGCUUCCAAGCCGUCCGCUACUUCGCCUUCUCCCUUACGCUCAUCCUCGCCUUCCUCAUCGUCCUCAACAGCGCCCUUCCCACCACCUUCCCGCUCUUCUCCCCCGUCCAAACUGCCCUGCGCCGCGUCCACCUCAAGCGCCGCGGCCUCCGCUUCACCUGCCUCUCGCCCGCGUGCGCGCGCUCCUCCUGCCUCGCCUGCUCCGCCCCCUGGCACGACCCACACGCCUGCUACUCGUCGCAACUCACGUCCCUCCGCCUCACCCUCGAGCGCGCCACCACCGACGCCGUCAAGCGCACGUGUCCGCAGUGCAGCAUGUCAUUCGUCAAGUCCGAGGGCUGCAACAAGCUCGUGUGCACCUGCGGGUAUGCCAUGUGCUAUGUGUGCCGCGAGGGGCUGGCUGGCGUGGGGUACCAGCAUUUCUGCCAGCAUUUUCGCGCGGUGCCGGGGAGUAAGUGUGCCGAGUGCGAGAAAUGUGAUUUGUAUCGGGUCGAGGAUGAAGGCAUUACGGUGGCCAGGGCGAGGGAGAGGGCGGAGGCGGAGUGGUGGGAUGCGCAGGGGGGGAGGGCGCAGGAGGAGUUGAAGGUGAGGGCGGGGAGGGAGAGAGUUGGCGUGGACGAAGAUAGCAAGUGGAGGUGGUGGGUGAGGUGGGAGGAUGUUACCGGGUGGGUGGAGAGUGUGGUGGAGAGUGUGGUUGCUUAA